AUGGCGCCUGACAAUUUACCCAAUUAUGAUGAACUGUCCACAGGGUGGUCAAGUGACCCUGCACUUUUGCCUAAACUUGCCUUAUCUGAUAUUGAGAAAUAUCUAAUACAUAGCAGUCAUAGAACAUCUGACUCUAUGAAAAUGGAGUGCUACAGGCAGUAUAUUAGAGGGCUGAUAUUUUAUAAAGAAAAAUACGUCCACAAAGUUAUGAUUAAUACUCUCUCUGAGUCUAGCAGCCACUGCUAUGUAAAAUCAAAAUGCCAUCCAUCCAUGAAACAGGGUUUCCAUACCCAAUGGGUCCUGAUGACUAAGGGUACCCAUCUGUUGAUCAUGAAAGCUAACUGCACUUGUCCAGCUGGCCUUGGUGAGGGAUGCACACAUAUUGCAGGGUUGUUGUUUGCAUUAGCAGGGCAUGCUGCUGAUUCUGACGAUACAGCAUGCACAUCCAAACCAUGUGGAUGGAAUAAACCCAGAAAAAGGAAGAAUGGUGCCAAAACAAUUGAAAACAUCACAUUUAAAAAAAUAGGGAUAAAUGAUGCAGAACAAAAGUGUAAUCAAUUCAAAAUACAUGUUGAUGACUUCAACAGACAGCAUAUAUUAGAAAAUGCAGGUGAGCAGUUUGAGUUUAAAUCCAGUGAUUCUGGGGCACAGAAACAGCUGGAUAGGAUUAUGGCACCAAAAGUUUCAUGGAUCAAGGUCGGAGUACCGGUUAUCUUGUUGCGAAACAUUUCCACUACUUUAGUAAAUGGACUCAGAGAGAAGUCGUUGCCUUGA